AUGGUUGAUACUCGGUGCGCGAAUCCCGAGCUCCAGCUGGACGUCGACCAGAUGAUCCUCGAUUACACGCUCUGCCACGCUAUCAAGGCCCAAUUCGACCUCCUGACCCAAGAUGUCGAGCAAAUCCAACAUACAGCAGCCAGCGAAUCGAUGCAUCUACUAUCCAUCUUUGACUCAUUCUUCCGACUCUUCAAACUCAAUCAUCCAUCGUACAGCCCGAGUCCGGAAUUCAACUUCAACCUGGAAUUCCUCGAGUUUCUCGUUCUCCUCGCAAGUCGGUCACCCGUUGUGCGCUCUUGUUUAUCAGACAAUAUGCACGGCGACUUGCACAGAGACACACUCGCUCACUUGGGAGAUCGUCGGAGCUGGCUUAUCGCUCGAGAAAGUACUGCUCGGCGACUGGGCAAGCAGCCCGCCUUCUCCAACUCCAACUCCAACUCUAUCUCCACCUCGGGCAGCAUCGACUAUCUAGGACUCGACGUGGCACGAGAGGUUGAGGCACAGAUCUAUGAUGCUUGGGACUAUACACGAGAUUACGACCGCUCUGUCUUCGACGAGCUAGGUAGCAGUGCUCUGUGUCAGCAUAACCUAAAGCCCUGUCCGCCCACGGAUGACCUGCCACUGCUGUUCAAUCUGGUGCCGCGGUUCAUGCAGAUCUCAGCGCGUCUAGUCACUGCAUUCGAUUUUGAUGUACCGGAGGUAUGGAUGGAUAUCGCGGGCCAGAUUAUGCUCCAGGCCGGUGUUGAGUCGUUGCAGCUUAGAUGCGAGCACACCGGAGUCGGCAGAGGAGAACUCGACCGAGAAGGAACAGAAACAGGAACAGGAUCAGCAGCCUGUUAUCUUCCUCGACUUGAGGAUUGUUUCGCGUGGGGCAACCUUCAUCUCGACCUGAACAACAUGUCGGAGGCUGAUGCCAGCCUUGUAGAUGCGGACUGGGACCUGUACAACGAUCUCUUUCGCCAGCCUGCGGAUCCAACGCGAGAGACACCCGAGUGGACCCAGCACCGUCUGCACUGGCUGUCUGAGUUCUCCAUGGCCGCGGACGCGUCCCAGCCGUCUCAAAUGUGUCGACUGGAGCGACUGGCGCAGAAAUAUCCGCUGGCCGAGUUUCAAGCGACCCUCGUCCAGUAUCUGCGCUGGGGAUGGGAGUUGACGUGCGACGAUGACGUUUGGGGCAAGCCGGUCCUCGUCCAGAUCGAGGAAGGACAUCUCAAGAGUCUCGGAGUCAAUGGCGCAGAGUUUGACGAGUUCAUGAUUCGAGUCGGGUUGAAGAAGGAUGUGAACCCCGUUAAUGUUGAGAGAAGGAGGCAAGCGUUGGAGAGAAAUGCCAUUGCAAGAUAUGGCGAGCGUGAGAUUGAUGCGUGCCGGAGGAAAUAUGAGAAAAGAAGAUCUCUGGGACGUGUGUAA